UUUUUAAAUUUAUCACCAGGAAAGUGUACCUUGUUUAGUUUAGAAGAUUCUAAAGUAAAUUAUACUUGUAAAGUAAAUGAAAGAAUUCAUUCACUUGAUAUGGCAACUAAUGGCGGGCACUAUGCUGUUGCUUUUGCUUCAGGUGGUAAUGAUUCCUUCUCAUCCCUUACCCUCCUCAUUAAUAAAGACUCUUCACUAAAUGAUUGGUAUAAAUCAGCUGUACAACUUCCUAGUUCGGCUCAAUUUAAUAAUUUCCACAUCAAUAAAGUGUCACUCGCUUUUAUCAGACAAAGAAAAUAGUCCAUUUCUAUUGUUGUAUUCAACUCAUUCACAUUUGGUGUUACAGUCUCCAUUAGAGUCAUUCCUUAAUGCUACUCAUUUCCUUGGGGAAGACUCGCCUUGUUUUGUGAACUGUUUCACUUACUCCCAUCAAUCCUCAACAGUUGCCUGUGGCUCUAUACAUUAUGGCUCUCAUGAGGUUCGUCUCUUUGAUAUUAUUUCUGGCGUCAAUAAAGAAAGCUAUCGUGGGCACUCUGGAAGGAUCUGCUCCUUAUCAUUUGACAGAGGUCAGAAUAAUAGACUGAUAUCAGGAGGAGAAGACAAAAA